CCGUCCGAGUGGUCGCGUCUUUUGUUGAGGGAAAAAGAAAAAGAAGGAGGAAGGAAGGAAAAAGAACGGGUGUGUCGGGCGUUUUGUUUAUUCGGUAUAUAUCGGUCGUAGUUUACCGAUUGGUGAGAUAAACGAGUUAAGGAAAGUUGAACCGGCGUAGUUGGUUAGUAACGCUCGUCGGGAGUAAGCGUGUAAAUUUUUUCUUUUUUUUUUUUCACACGGCUUUCCUUGCCGUGCUUCAUGGCGACCGGUGAAGAAGAAGACUCGUCGUCGUCGUCGUCGUUGUUGUUGUUGUUGUUCUUAGUCUUCUUCUCACCGCGAUCGUUCGUCGCCUUGUACGCGUUUAGCCAACUCUCGUCGUCGUCGUUGCCGUCGAUGCUCGGUAUCCCGGAGGAUCGGCAUCGCAGUUUUCGUCUCUCAGCUGCGAGGAUCGGGCGGAUCCUCGAGCAGUGAUAUUUCUCACCGGAGAAAGAGAGAGAGAGAGAUAAAGAGAAAAGACAGGAGAACCGUUUGACAGUGCGACGAUCAACAAGUGGCGUGGGAGAAUCGUGUUUCUUAUUCGUAAUACCGAAAGGCACGACAUAUAAGUAACGUUGAGUGGUGAGUUGGUCGGUAAACGGUGAUCGAAGUGAAGUUGGUUUCUCGGUGUCGGUGUGUCAGUGCGCGCCUUUCGAGUGUCGGUGGAAACGUAAAUUUCCCUUCUUUUGUUUUUUUUUUCUUUCCCCCCCCCCCCAGAUUUUUAUCUCUUCGGUGUUAAACAAAACUGGGGGUAAAAUCUCGGAAAGAUUGUGUGUGUGUGUGCGCGCGUGUUUACGUGUACAUGUGUACGUGUCGGUGAUCGAGUGCGUGCCUUUUUUUUUUUCAUCUCCUAAACCUUCUCUCGCACCUUCGCGCCUGCUUUUCGGAUAAAUUAUCGUUCAAGUGCCGUGUGUCGGUGUUUCGACGUUCUUAAACGGAUUAAACCCUCCCCCCCCUUUUCUGUUCCUCUCGCUGUAACCGCCGCUGCUGCUGCUGCUGCUGCACUUCGAUACGGGACAAGAUGGAGGUCGUCUAUAUAGAUGAACGGGAAGAUGUACAAAAGAAAACAUUUGCCAAAUGGAUAAACUCACAGCUUCUGAAGAAUCAUCACGAACCUGUAUCAGAUUUAUUCGUCGAUCUCAGGGAUGGGAAUCGACUUUUAUCACUCCUGGAAGUUCUCACCACAAAGUCAUACAAGAGAGAACGGGGACGUAUGCGCGUCCAUCAUCUCAACAAUGUUAACAAGGCGUUGCAAAUUUUGGAACAAAACAAUGUCAAGCUCGUCAAUAUCAGCAGCAACGAUAUCGUCGACGGUAAUCCCAAACUGACUCUGGGCCUUGUAUGGAGCAUUAUUCUUCAUUGGCAGGUACAUUAUCACCUCAAAGAUCUCAUGUCGGAGCUGCAGCAAACGAAUUUGGAAAAAACUCUUCUCGCUUGGUGUCGUCAAAAUUCGCAGAAUUACGCGGGGGUUGAUAUAAAAAAUUUUACCACCUCUUGGUCGGACGGAUUGGCUUUCAACGCUCUUCUUCACAAAUGGAAGCCUCAUCUCUUUGACUUUAACAAUGUAUCACGAAAGCAUCCAAACGCCAGGCUCGACCAUGCCUUCAAACUCGCUCAAGAGCAUCUUGGAAUUGAAAGGCUUCUAGAUCCUGAGGAUGUGAAUACCUCGGUACCGGACAAAAAGUCUAUAAUGAUGUACGUCAUGUGUCUAUUUCAAUCUCUUCCUCAUUCCGGUGACGAUGUCGGUGAUCUGGAUGUUUCUAUAGCCAGUGAUUCCAGUCCAGUAACAACGCCGGGUGCCGAGAGUUCGUUGUCAUUUGCAAAUCUCGGUAUGCCGAUAUCUCGACCAAUGAGUCUUGCGACAAAUGUGUCGGUUGAACUUGGCGGGUAUCAGGUAGCUUUGGAGGAAGUUUUGACUUGGUUAUUGGAGGCUGAAGAUAAAUUAAGCCACGCACCGGAGCCUGGACCUACCCUGGAUAUUUUGAAACAACAGUUUCAUGAGCAUGAAUCUUUCCUCAUGGAGUUAUCAGGUCAUCAGGACGGGGUCGGUGCUGUUCUUGAAGAAGGUGCCAGGCUACUGGCUGAUGGCGGUCUUCACAAGGACGAGGAAGAAGAGGUCAGAGUUCAAAUGCAGCUGCUAAAUUCACGGUGGGAAGGUUUAAGGACUCAUGCAAUGGAACGCCAGUCCAGAAUCCACGAGGUUCUAAUGGAAAUGCAGCAAGGACAGCUGGAUUCGUUGAGACGUUGGCUGACCGAAACGGAGGAUAGAAUAUCUCGGAUGUCCGCUUCUGAACUUAACCAGUUGGCUCUUGAUGAGCAGAUGAAUCAGCUGAAGGAACUGAGGAAGGAUAUUCAGCAGCAGCAAAGUGUCGUUGACGGUUUAAGCAAGAUUGUCGUUGUUGUGGACGAAGACAGUUCGGAGACUGUUUACGCACAGAUGGAGGAUCAGUUGACGGCGUUGGGUGAAAGGUGGACGCAUAUUUGCCAGUGGAUAGAAGAGAGGAAUCAAAAAUUACAGUUGCUCUCGUCUCGUUGGGGCGAUUUGACUGACGAAUACAAAAGACUCUUGGCUUGGCUAAACGAGAGAGAAAUUACCCUGAAACAGAUGGAGGCGAAUCCAGCCUCGGAAAUGGGAGAAAUAUUGGAUCGAAUAAAGAAGUUACAACUUCUGAAAAUUGAGAUGGACGAUCAGCAGAAAAAGCUCACAUCUUUACAAGUCGUUGUUCAGGAAUUGGACGAACAGGGAUCUUCGCCUGAGAGCACAAACAUUUUGGACAAAAUUGAGAAUCUUCAGGACAGGUGGGACGCUGUUGUUCAAAUUAUGGAAGUUCAGGGACAAAGGAUAUCGAAUUCUGGAUUUGAAUUUGAACUGAAACCUGCUCAGGAAACUACAACUACAGUCACCGGUAAUGAAUGGAUGACUGAAACUGUAACGACUAUAGCGUACAGAGAAGACGUCGCAGCUUCUACUUCUCACAGCGAUUCGAAGAAACGUCGUCUUGGUAGCGCCACUCGACAAGAGUUCGACGCUGCUCUGUUGAAUUUAUACAAGUGGUUGGAUUACGUCGAUUUAGAAACAGGUCGUUCAGAGGGCGUUUUUGACGAGCUGAGUGUUGAAGAGAAGAAAAUCGUUUACGAGGAUAGUCUGGCAGACUUGAGUUCUCACGAGAUUGAAUUUACCAAAGUUUUACACUUAGGAAGUCAACUUUUAGAGGAAACUAAACAGACGAAUGAGCAAACCGAAGAUGAUGAACAAAAAAUCAAAAGCGUACAAGAGAGGUGGAAAGCGACGACUAAUAGGCUUCAAGAAAUCAAAAAGAGAAUCGAUUAUCUAAUGGAUCUGAAACAAUUCAAUACCGAAUUAGCUAGCUUACAAUUAAUUCUUGACGGAUAUUCCAAAUGGUUUAAAGGUCAUCAUGGAAAUAAUCAAAUCGAAACUUAUAGGGUAAAACUUAAGUCUAUGAAGUCGCACGAGGAUCGUAUUAAUAAGUUGAACGCGAAGGCGAAAAGUUUGAGUGAACAUCAAGGCGCUGGCAGUGAAGGAAUUACGGUAGAUGCAGACGCAAAGACGUUUGAAACUGUUUGGAACGAUCUCUCGAAAAGAUUAUCAGAACGCCUGACCGAGUUGAGAAACCAGGCUGACAAAAAGCCACCUAAGAAAUAUACAGAAACAGUAAACAGUCUACUAUCCUUCAUUAACUCUGUCGAAGGUGUUUUGCUUUUGGAGCAUGCCGUAGUCUCCGACGACAAGUCGAUGGAGAAUCAGCUGAAAAAGUUCAGGGAACUGCAGGAAUCAUUGGCCGCGCAACGAGCCAACUUUGAAUAUGUAAAUUUGACAGGCCAGGACUUAAUUGCAAAAAUUAACGACGAUCCGAGCAGCCAAAGACUGAAGGAAGAAUUGCAAGAUCUCAACACUAAAUGGAGUGAUAUUCCCAUAAUACUUGAAGAACGACAGCAAAAAUUAUUGAAAGAUAUCGAAUCAUUAAAAGAGUUUAACAGUGAAUUCAACAGCUUCGGAGAAUGGUUGGAAAAAUCGUCAAGAUAUUUGGAAGAAGCUUCGGAAGAUGCUCUUGUCAAUGAUGUGGAAACAACGGAAUUCAAAUUGGAACAAAUUCGGGCCCUUUCGGAUGACAUAAGUAAAAACAAGCCCAGGAUCGAGCGCAUACAAACUUGUGCCAACAAGUUGCUUGAAAACUCCGAACCAAAGUUUGCAAAUGUUCUUAACAACAGAUUAGAAACUCUUUCGCAAAAGUGGCACGCCAUCGUAGACGGUGUUAAGCAUCAGGGUGACAAAUUCCAGAAUGCGUUACAGAAAAACGACAAGAUUAUAAAUGGAAUCGAGGAUUUCACGAAGUGGUUAUCAAACUUGGAGCAGGAAAUUCCUGCUAGAGAAAAGAUUACUUCAUCUGUUGAAUUAUUCCAAGCUCGUGGCUGUUAUCAAAUAUUAAAAGACAAAGUGGACAGGCGAGUCGAGGAGUUUAGAAACAUCAACGAAAUGGGCAAUGACAAGUUGCUGAGUUCCGAGGGAUCUUCCGUACAAGAACUGGGAAGACGGUUUACUCACUUGAACGCGAGGUGGACGGACGUUACUGAUCGCAUUUACGAAAGAUAUCGACAACUGCAAAAUGCGAGUCACGAAUACGGCGAAUUCAGAGCUCUGGUUGCUCAAGAAAGUGACUGGCUUGACAAACUCGACAAGAGACUUAAAAAGUCGACUAAAAGUGCGGCUGACGCUGAAGAGAUUUCGGAAGAACUUGACGAUUUGGAAAAUUAUAUUCGUAAUCGUCCUGAGUCACGUUUUGCCAAGGUCCAAGAUAUAGGCAAGCAACUGAUAGACAAUGAUAUCAUGACUAAAUUGGUGAAGACUGAUGUUGAAGCUUUGUUGAACCGUUGGGAAAAUCUGAGUAAGAGGGCAGGGGAACGGGCGCAACUCUUGGAAGGAUCUGUGAGGCAAGCUCAAGAGUCAGAAGGUCGUAUUAUUGCGCUCCAACACUCGCUAACGCAAGUAGACUCCGUACUAACUGCACGUCUUGAUUGUGAUCUGACUGCAGAUGACUUGCCGCACGAAAUUCAGAAAUUAUUCGAAGAGUUGAAGAAUCAAAAAGUUACGUUGCAUGAAAUGGAGUCGCAGGUUGAAUCUUACAAGGCAAAUGGAAAACACGAGGCAGCCGCCCGACUUCAAGAACAAAUGCAAUUGAUUGAAGGGAAAUUUGGCGAAGUGAACGCUAAGUUCCAACGUUUUUGCUGCCCUCAAAACCUCGAGCCAAGAUUAUCUCGUGCUUUGAGGGAACUCAGAGGCAUUGAAGAAGCAACUUGUUUGCUCGAAUUAGCAUCCGAAGAUCCGGAGGCGAUAGAAGGACAGCUAAAGCAUUGUUUGCGAUUCUAUCAAACUCUUAGCGAAAUAAAAGGCGAAAUUGAAAAUAUUAUUGUUACUGGAAGAAAGCUCGUCGAAGACAGAAUCGUACAGGAGCCAGGAAAAUUUUCUAAACGAAUCGAUACGCUUAAAGAAUUGUACAAUAAGCUCGGAUUGCAAAUAACUGAAUCAAAGUCAGCGUUAGAAUCUGCCCUGGAAUUGUCUCGUGAUAUAUUCAAGCACAUGACCUAUAUCAACAUGUCUAUUGAGAGUAUAAAUAAGGAAUUGGACACGCAAAAGAACAUGCCUGAAUUGCCUGUUAACGCGAUAUACGUUACGGAAACGCUUACUGAAGUUAUUCCGAGGUUGAACUUGGUGAGGGACAAGUUAUUCAGAUCACAAGAUGAGUUUUCAAAACUGUGUGAUCCCAUGUACCUAGAACAGCUCAGAGACAGAGUUACAGAAGUUACAACGAGGUUAUCAAACACCGAGCGAAGACUUAGACUUUGUAGCGGAUCUGAAGAGGAACCAAGCGUCGAUGAGAUAAAUGCCUGGCUGAGACAGACAGAAGAAAAACUAAAUCAGUUAGAUGCUGUGCCGGCGGAUCAGUUGAGCGAGAAGCACUUUGAACACUGCAAGGCGAUACAGAGCGAGAUGAUCGAAACAAAGCCUAAGGUAAUGCAGCUGCAGCAUUGUUCGUUCUAUCCAAAGGUUGCCAAGGUUUGCGAAAAGUGGGAAGAAAUUUGCAACAGGAUACAGGGCUGGAUCCAAAAAAGUACAGAUCAUUUGUUGGUUUAUAAUAAGAGAGCCGAUGAUAAGGGGAGAGACAAUUUGGAGAUUACUAAUUCGUUAGUGCUAUUAAAACAAGCCACAAAUUCACAAGUUCGACAAGACAUUGAUCAGGAUGAAUCUAUUUACGGUAUCGGCUAUCUAAACCCCGCCUUUGAAGACAAUCGAAACAACGCUGUCAAAACGCCUGAGAGUUCUCCGAUAGACAUACCUCUUCGCAGUAGAAAGUCUAGCGCAAAAGCAGACAAAGCUGAGAGCAGAAUUAUCGACAUUAGUAAAACUGUUAGAAGACGAUUAGAUAUGAGUUCCAUUCCAGAUGUUGUGCAAACUUCUCAGCCUCGUAAAGUUUGUCCAGACGACGACUCGCAUGUAUUGUCACACGAUAAAGAGGCGAUGAUGCCAGAAGUUGUGGCUGAGGAAGAAUUUUUUCUUUCAAAAAAUAGCAAGCUUUUCUCGCAAGUUUCGACCAAUAGCUUGACUGCUACCGAUUCUAGGCCUAUUAAAUUCACUAAGGCGCAGCCUAACUCUUUCCGCAUCGUCGAAGUACGAGAAAUGGAAAUAGUAAAAUCCGUAGCUUCGCCGGAAGACCAUGUCGUUCUCCCGAGCGCCAAUGUCAGUGUUGAACAAAUGCCUCAGGUUGUAGAACGCGUCGAAAUUUUAGAAGAUGCAGAGACGGAGCCCGAGUCUGUGGAUACAGACACCGAAGGGAAUGAGAAUAAGAACAAGGAAUCAGACAAUAUCGUUCCAGACAAUUCGGUAAUAAAGAAACGAGAGCUCAUUCCAAUAUUGAAGAAACGACGAUCCUCUGGCGACGGAUCAGGAAAAUCAGUGAAAAAGCUCAGCCUUAAAUUAGAUAUCGAUGAUGAAGCUACAGAUCUGUCGCAACUGUUAGACGAGGCCCUCAAAUCACCGCGUUAUGUGAUGCCUGGUCAGAGAUCUGCAAAACAAGUAACGAACACGUCGCCAUUGACUUUGGCUUAUGGACCUGCUGUUGGUAAUUUAAAAAUUGAAAGCCAUGUUAACGUCGUUGAAAAAAGCAGUUCAACCGCUUUGAAGGAUCCCGAGAGUGUCGCAGAGUAUCUGAUACUCGACGAUAAACCCACGCCGGUUGCUUCCGCCUUGGAUCAGAGCAGUUUGAACAAUAACGGAGCACGUAAAAAAGUUCGAAAGCCUUCGGGAGCGAAGAAACAAGUAGAGUUCUCAGACACGUAUGAAAUUGUUGGAAGCGUCAGUUCCGGAUUUGUGAAACAGUACAGAAAAUCGCCAAUACCAAAAGUAGCGAGAUACUUAUCUUCGGACGACACUUUAGAGGAUUGCGACAGUUUUUACGGAAGCGACAAAGAAACCGACGACGCAUUAAUAUUUUCUGACGAUACCGAAAUCGAUGUUAGUAGCUCAAGUUCCGACGGAGAGGAUUCCACUUUAGGAGAGCAUGUUGAACACCUCUUGGCUAAGAUUAAAACCGAGAAGCUGUCUCGCUCCCCGGUUCGAAAAGUCCCAUCAAAGUUUAGCAGUGAAUCCAGAUCUCCUCUAAGUCCGACCAGUCAAGCUAGAACCACAUUCGAAAGAGAUAUUUUGGAGUUCGAACAAGCGGCGCAAAGGAUGCUCCGAAGAAUGGACGUUAUGUUAAUGACCAUCGGAGGAGUGACCCAUGAAAAGGAUCCAGCAAAGCGUCUCGAGGUUAUCAAGGGAGAAGUUAGCUGCCUGGCACCAGACGCUGCAAGUUUGAUAAGCAAGGGAGACGGUUUGGUCAUGACUGUACAUAUGGCAGACCUGUCAAGAGCUGAAAAGAUAAAAACGGAGCACCAGGAUAAACUGAGGAGCAAAUGGCAUCAGGUAAUGUCUGAGACAGAGGCGAGACGCACGCAGGCUCAGAAAGCCGAAGAAUCUCUCAGGCAGUACAACGCUUUGAUCGUGGAAUUCAACGAUUGGUUCAACGACGUUCCCCGAAAAUUGGAACAAGCCAAUAAUUACGAAGGACAGCUUGAAUUGUUUACCGAAGAGUUUGAGAUUAAACAGGAACAGAUACAAAAACUCAACGAACUGGGUAACGACCUUAAGAGAUCGAACGUUGGGCAUUCGGAAACUACUCGAUACACCAUAAACAGCAAGUGGCAAGAAAUCAGUUCACAAUUCAAGAGAUUUAGCGGCAGCAAAGACAAGGAUAAGCUUGUUGCUGAGAAAAAAGUGGAAAUUGAUACCGAGAGCAUAAGUAAGCCUGAUUUCGUGACGAAGACAAAUAAGUUGCGAGAGGAGAUAUCGACUGUGUCAAGGUCGCUGAACUCGCCGCCACUUAAUGGAAAAGACUACGAAUCGUAUAUAAAUCAAGAAGAAUAUUUGAACAAAAUAAGAAAUGCUUUAAGUAUCUUGAAAUCGAGUGUUGAAGAGGUGGAAAAUUUAAGUUUCGACGUUGUGAGACGUUUGAGAAACGAACAAGCGGAUCAGAUUGUGCGUUUGGUUGAGAAACUUAAGGAUGAAUGGUCGAACGUUAAUCAGAAAUAUUCAGUCAGGUACAAUACUUGGUCGAGGUGUACGGAGAAUUGGAAAAGUCUGCACAAUACCUGUCGGACAUUUUCCGACUGGUUGGACAUGGCGGAGGAUUUGCUUAACAAACUCAAUGCUACCGGGCAUUCAAAAGCUGCUAAAACUAAGGUUCCGGAACUGGAACAAGAGGUUUCUAAAAGACAGCACACCAUCAAUACUAUCACGACAUCCAGUAAAGAAAUUAUCAGUCGAUCCUCUCCAGAGGAAGCAAGGGACCUGCAAAUGAUGGUUGAAAAUCUUAUAAUUCGAUGGCAAAAUUUGUGCGCUGAAUUGAAAACACGAAAGGAAAAGAUUCUCUCAAUGGAAAGAAAAUCUGCGCCCUGCGAUAAAAGUUUGGACGCCGUUCAUCACGUAAUCGAUCAAGUGAAUUCGCUCCUGGCUUCCUCGGCAAAUCCAUCGGAUGACACGUCGCUGUCCAUAAGGCUUUCGCUGAUCAAGGCAAGAUCAGAGGAACUCGCUUCACGCCGGCGAGGAAUGGAGGCUCUCGUCAACCAGCAAAAUAAUCCUCGAAACGAAGAUGUUUACAGAAACAUCAUUUUUGAUAUGGACAAGGCGAGCUCGAGUCUUUCGGCUCACCGUGAAUACGUUGAGAGCAAAUUGACAUCUUUGAAAAAGUACAUGAACAGUUUAGACACAGUGAUGGCGUGGGUGAUGGAAACGCGAACUAGAUUGAAUAUUUCUCGAGAACUUCCCCAACAAGAACGUACCAGAGUUAUCGACAAUAUUAUGGUUAGCGUUGUCGAUCGUGAAAUGGAAGUUAAAGAUGUUAUAGAAAACUACACGAACUUGGAAAAGGAAUGCGAAUCAGCCAGGCAACCGAUAUCCGUCGAACUACAAGAAAAAUUGAAGAAGUUGCGCGAGGAUUGGCAGUUUGUGAAGAAUCGCGGGGAAUCACCGGAUCCAGAAGUUCUAACAACAGUAUCUCCUGUUUCGGCCUAUCGACAAAAAGAAUCAGAGAAGAAGUUAGGGGCGGGGGUGCCUCCGAGGGGGGCCGCGGCCUCCCCUUCCGCCCCCCUCGAAACGCCCGCAACACCCGAGACACCGACGUCGAGUGCAUCUCCGAUUACCAAGUCGACGACGUCGUCAUCGUCGCCCACCCCCGGCGACGUCUCUGCGACUAAGAGCGUCGUCCCCUCGGCUUCACCGCCAUCCGCAGUUGUCACGGGCCUUGACAAGUCGGUUCUUCAGAUACGCGACUGGCUGACCGUCGAGGAAGACAUGCUCCGUCAGCAAGCCGUCGUCGUCGGUGACGUCGACGAGAUUCUACAGCUCCUCGAGAAGCAGAGGAAUGUGCUGCGAGAAUUGGAGCAGAAGAAACCACAAUUGGACGAGCUGGUGCACACCGCUGAAAAUCUUCGUGCGGACACCAAUCGACAGCAGCUUCACGGCAAGGGUCUGGACAAAAUCCUGCCGUCGUCGGGAUAUUCGCCGCACGGUUCGCCGGUUCGAGGACCUUUCUCCUCCGUUCACACUUCGCCUCAGGACACGACGCACGUGAUGCCAUCCCGAUCCAGGAUCGACCAGGAACAAAUUGGCGGCGUCCUUUCGAGGCGAGGUUCCGACGUCAAUUCCCCGAUUCCUGGGAGUAUGGCCGUCGUCGGGACGCCGGAACACCGGGGAAGAAGACGCUCCGAUUACAGUCCUCAUCAGGUGACAAAGCUCCGGGAACACUGGGACGAGACAAAUUCUAAGGUAAUGCAGCGGAAAACGCAGUUGGACGCAAUGCUGGGUGACAGUCAACGGUACGAGGCGAAACGUACCGAAGUCGAAGCUUGGCUAGCCAGAAUGGAGACUCGACUUGAGAGAAUGCGAGCCGUCGGUCACACCGCGGAUGUACUCGAGGCGCAGCAGAGAGAGCAAAAGUCUUACCACGUCGAGCUUCACCAGUACAAGCACCAGAUCGAGUUGUUCAACCAGUUGACCCAGAAACUGAUCGCCGUUUAUCAGCAGGACGACACGACGAGGGUUAAGAAAAUGACCGAGACGAUCAACCAGAGAUACAACAACUUGAACACGAGCAUCAUCAAUCGAGGCAAAUUGCUACAUUCCGCCAUGAACUCGCUGCACAACUUCGACCGUUCUCUGGACAAGUUCCUCGCCUGGCUUAGCGAGGCCGAAUCAUCGAUGGAGGGACUCGAGGCAGAGGCUGACAGGCUGGGUGGCAGAAGGGACCAAGGAGCGCUGAGGAGGCCGCAGCAUCAGCUCAAGGAUCUUCAGUCGGAAAUAGAAACACACCGAGAUGUCUACGCCUCGUUGAACGGUACUGGAAGGAAGCUUUUAAGCUCAUUGGCUAGUCAGGAUGACGCGGUAAUGCUGCAACAUCGUCUCGACGAAAUGAACCAGCGAUGGCAUCACCUCAAGGCAAAAAGCAUGGCUAUAAGAAACCGCCUGGAAAGCAACACCGAACACUGGAACGCUCUGCUCCUCUCGCUGCGGGAACUUAUCGAAUGGGUUAUCAGAAAGGACACCGAGCUGACCGGACUGGGUCCAGUUUGCGGCGACAUAGCCGCCCUGCAAAAGCAGCAGGACGAUCAUCGCGGUUUCAGGCGACAGCUGGAAGACAAGCGGCCGGUUGUCGAGAGCAAUUUGUUGAGCGGUCGACAGUACAUCGCCAACGAACCUCCGCUAUCCGACACCUCCGACUCAGAAGCCGGAAGAGAGCUUGACGGUGAUUCACGCGGCUAUCGAAGUGUCGAGGAACAAGCCAGGGAACUGACCAGAAGCAUACGAAGAGAAGUUAACAAACUAUCGGAGCAAUGGAAUGCCUUGAUCGAACGUAGCGACGCUUGGAAGCGAAAGCUCGACGAUACAACCAACAAAAUGUGCGUGUUUCAAAAAUCCUUGGAAGAUUUGUCAUCGAGAAUGGCAGCUGCUGAAUCUCUUAAAGGAAACUGGCAAACUCCUACGGAUUCUAACGAGGCUACGGAAAUGUUGGAUCAAUUGCGAAAAUUCGGCGACCGUCUUGGUCCCAUUCAAAGAAACAUCGAGGACACAAACGACCAAGCGAGUAUCUUCGCUUCGAGCAGCGUUAUCGUGUCGCACGCACUGCUCGCAAAACUUGAAGAUCUUAACGUCAGGUGGAAAGUUCUGCAAGUAGCUGUAGACGAACGAUAUAAACUGUUGAACGGAUUUGGAAAGGACGGCAGCACCCCGGGUAGCCAAGCUUUCCUUGCGGGCAGCGUUGAGCCACCAUGGGAAAGAGCACUGACGCCAGCCAAAGUGCCUUACUACAUAAACCAUCAACUGGAAACGACGCACUGGGAUCAUCCUCAAAUGAUAGACCUGAUGUCGUCGCUAGCCGACCUUAACGAAGUCCGUUUUUCAGCUUACAGAACUGCGAUGAAACUGAGGACGGUGCAGAAGCGAUUAUGCUUGGAUAUGCUAAGCCUCUCUGCUGCGCUAGAGCAGUUCGACACACACGGUCUACGAGCCCAGAACGACAAGCUGAUAGAUAUACCAGACAUGAUAACGGUUCUGACCUCGCUCUACGAAUUAAUAGCAGCUGACAAUCCGUCACAGGUUUCAGUACCGCUGUGUAUAGAUCUGGCCAUCAACUGGCUCCUCAAUGUAUAUGAUAGGUAUGAUAGUCAACGAACCGGCCAGAUUCGAGUACUGUCAUUUAAAGUCGGCCUUGUUUUGCUGUGCAAGGGACACUUGGAGGAAAAAUAUAGAUACUUGUUCAGAUUGAUCGCCGAUCCGAACAGAUUAGUUGAUCAAAGAAAGCUAGGGCUGCUGCUUCACGACUGUAUCCAAGUACCAAGACAACUUGGGGAGGUUGCGGCGUUCGGCGGAUCGAACAUUGAACCUAGCGUAAGAAGCUGCUUUGAAAAAGCAGGCAAAGACAAGAACGAAAUUGAAGCUGUUCACUUUUUGAGCUGGCUUCAACAAGAGCCACAAAGCAUGGUCUGGCUCCCUGUUCUACACAGACUAUCAGCUGCCGAAACAGCCAAGCAUCAGGCCAAAUGCAAUAUUUGUAAAGAAUACCCCAUCACCGGUUUCAGAUAUCGUUGCCUGAAGUGUUUCAACUUUGACAUGUGUCAAAACUGUUUCUUCUCCGGUCGCAAAGCAAAGAAUCACAAACUGACGCAUCCGAUGCAGGAGUACUGUACCGCGACAACGUCCGGCGAGGACGUAAGGGACUUCACGAGAGCGCUGCGUAACAAAUUCAAGUCCAAACGAUACUUCAAGAAGCAUCCAAGAGUCGGCUAUCUCCCAGUGCAAACAGUUUUGGAAGGCGACGCCCUCGAGAGUCCGGCUCCGUCGCCUCAGCACAGCACUCUGAGUCAAGACAUGCAUUCCAGACUGGAGAUGUACGCGUCACGUUUGGCCGAGGUUGAACUAUCCCGAACGCGGAGUAAUUCUACACCGGAUAGCGACGACGAGCAUCAGCUGAUAGCUCAUUACUGUCAGAGUCUCAACGGCGCGGACAACAUCAACGUGCCGAGGAGUCCUGUUCAAGUAAUGGCGGCAAUAGAUGCCGAACAGAGAGAAGAACUCGAAGCAAUGAUCAGAGAACUGGAGGAAGAGAACGCGACCCUACAAGCUGAGUACGAAAGGCUGCGCUCCAAACAAACUCCGGGUUCCACACCUGAGGACGGACACAGCACCCGGCAACCCGACUGCGACAUGAUCGCCGAGGCUAAACUGUUGAGGCAACACAAGGGGAGACUCGAGGCUCGCAUGCAAAUACUCGAAGACCAUAAUCGACAAUUAGAAGCGCAGCUACAGAGGCUAAGACAACUUUUGGACGAGCCAAACGCAGCAUCACCCUCCAAGACUGGAACCCUGCAAACUCGAAGCGUGACUGCGUCGCAGCUGGCGACUGAUUCCCCGGCAAAGAUGAACGGGCAUUAUCACGAUUCUCCAGGUGGUGGAGGAUGGGGUGAAGGCAGAGCAGGAAGUCUAGAACGUCCGCCACCCCCGCCACAUUCGCACAGCAUAUCACAUAACGUUGGCAACCUGAUGCACAUGGCAGGAGACUUGGGUAAGGCUGUCGAGGAACUGGUCACAGUAAUGACGGAAGAUCCGUCAAGAACAAACGGGCAACGAGGACCACCACCGCCGCCAGGAUUUAAACCAUAGAUUAUACACAUAUUAAAAUAACAUCCUUUGAUAUUACCGAGAUGAGAUGACUGUAAUUUAUCCCUUAAAUAUAUCAUCUAUUUAACACAUACAUACUAUAGGUAUGUACGGUUUAUAAACCUAAUUGUAAAUGACGACCAAGAACGAGUCUGGCUCUAACGCAUAUCAGAGACAUAUUGAACGUAGAUUAACUACGUGAAAUGCAGGAGCAGGAUGGGGGCCGCCAGCGUGGUUUUGGGUAUUUUAUAAGUUUUGAUAUACAAUUUGUAUAGCUGAAUUAUAAUUAAUAUGUAAACUGUUACUUGGCUUGGCUUUGGCGGCUCCUCUGCAAAAUAGAAGAAGAAAUCAACUACAUAUUGGCUUAUCAUAUCACGGACCUAUCAUACAAAGAAUCAAUUGUUAAUGCUUAGUAGCUAUAAAAUAUGAAGAUAAAAUAUUAUAAAUAUAUAUAAAAUUAUUAUUAAUAAUAAUAAUAAUAAUAUUAUUAAUGCAUGAAAAAGCAAUGUAUCAAACUGCAUACUCUGUAGAGUGUAGACUAUAUUUACAUGACCAUUCUGUUUAACCACUGCCAUUAAAUUUUUUUUAAAGGCAAGAAUCAGAAUAAAUAAAAUCAAUCAAUUACCGUAGAGUUUGAAAAAGGCCAAUAUUGCAGGUAGCACACAAGUGAAAAAAAUAAUGAAAUUUUUAAGUUGAAAUAAUCAUUUUGUAUUCAAUAAUAAUAAAAGAAAGAAUAUCACAUUA